CCAAAGAUAAUCAAAACCCCAAAUAGUAGAAAUAACUACCAUGAGUGCCGGUGCGCACCGUUUUGGAGCCCUAAUGAGGAACCCGACCCGGUUCUCUCUGCAACGGCUGGCCUCCUCGGCGGCGAGCCCUAGACGAUCACCGAAAUUCUUCACCGACGUUGUUGAGGACGGCAGCCCAGUGUACCGGCACGUGCUUAAAUUCCAGCGUCCCACCAUCAUAGAGUGUACGGAGCAGUUGCUGAACUCCGUUAGCUUCAUCGGGUCGGUGGAGUAUCCAUUGAAGAGGACGAAAACCGACAGGUUUGGUGCUUACACUAGGCUCUCCGUCAAAGCCUCCCCUGAUUCCAAAACCAAAUUUAGGAUAAAUAUGAAGAUGUGGGACGAGAUGGCAGAAAUGUGCCUACAACAUUUAGAACCGAAGGAUUUUGUCUAUGUUUCAGGUCAUUUAGGGUCUUUCAAAAAGGAUCUCAAAACAUAUUACGAGGUCAUCGUAAACGAAUUGAAUUAUAUUGACCAAGGUUUCCAAGGCCAAAAAAGCCACAAAGUUGAGGGGUCCCAAGCAGGAGCAGGUGGCUUUGAAGUGGAUGAAAAUCGCCUCUACUUGUGGCAGGUGUUUUUCACCAAUCCAUAUGAAUGGUGGGAUUGCAGGAAACAUAAGGUAAAUCCACGGCAGCCAGAUUUCAAGAACAAGCAUACUGGUGAGGUUCUCUGGUUGAGUCCGAAUGAUCCUCCUUGGAUUAAAAGACAACUGCAGUUGCUUGAUACACGGAUGGCAACACAAAGCCAAGGAGAUUAUGUAGGUUCCCGUUCUCGUUCCCGUGUCUCUAUGUGGGUGUAUGAUGGCUAGGGAUGAGUCUGCAGGCUUGAAAGAACUAUUUGCUGUUGCAUGCCGGUUAUUAUAUUUAGGGUUUUACGAUUUUUCGCAAAUUAUUCUUACAAAAUCGUAAUUCCAAACACACCCUUAAUCUUAGAGGUUGAAGCAUAUCAAGCACCGAAGAUUACUCUGUAUCCAGUUCUUUGUACAGCAGGUUUCAGAACAAAAAUGAAUACAAGGUUUUCUUUAUUGGCUUUGUUUUUCCUUGUACAGGCUAGCCACUUCA